UCAAUUUCCAUUUAAUUCACAUUCACAACAAAUCAAUUUCCAUGUCUUAGAUGGUCUAAAACCGAAUUAAAUCACUGCCGAUAUUCUUGCCUAAAAAUGACCACCAUGCUAGAGUUGGAAAGUUGGAUAAUCUAUCAGUAUGUUGCUACAGAAUGCAGCAAUUGUCUUUUUAUGACAGAAAGCGCUUUCAAAGCAAGGGAUAUAGGGCUUCGUGCCCAGAAGAAAAUCCUGUCUCGUAUGGCAGGAAAAAACAUUGUUAAAGCGUUUAUCGAUGACACGACGGCGUCCCUAUUGGAUAAUCUAUAUCGUUUGGCAAAGCAAUACUCUGAUAACAAGAAGGAAGCCGAGAAACUAAUCAAGAACAUAAUAAAAAUCGUCAUAAAGAUAGGCGUCCUACACCGGAACAAUAUGUUUACAGAUGAAGAAUUGAAAGAAGCAGAAAAAUUCAAAAACAAAUUCCGGCUAGCCGGCAUGGCGAUCAUUUCAUUUUACGAAGUCGAUUUUAGCUAUGACCGGCAUUAUAUCGUCCAAGCUUUUAAUGAAAGCCAGAAGUGCCUUGAGAUCAUCGUUUCGAAUCAUCUCACCGAUAAGUCUCUGUCUAGAAUAAAGAGCGUUUUCGCGUUCUUUGGCAACGAGCAGUUUUUGGAUUCCGUUUUCAAAAGGGAUUCAGAGUACAGGGAGGCUCUGGGUAGGGUAGUUGCCGAUUUGAAUAAAUCCAUUGACGACGGAGAUCUCUAGUCCCCCUUUUUGUGAUUUUUUAAUGUGAUUUAUUUAUUUUUAAUGUUUGGUAUUAUUCGAGGAUAUUUCUAAGAGAAUAAUUCUUUAUUAUGUGUAGUUUAGUCACUAUAGUUGCUGUCACAGAAUUUUGAUCGACUUAAAAGUUCUCUAACCAUUAUUUUUUAUUUAAAAAAUGAUGAAAAUAUUAUUAAUAUGUUUUUAUGUCUUUACUUUCGCCAGAAAAAAUGGGAAAAAUCCGCCAACGGUCGAACGGGCUUUUUUUAACACCAUUUUAUACCCUCCGAAACACAUUCAAAAUACUUUUUUGCCCUCAAACGCUUUAAAAUAUUUUUUCUUACCUUAAAAUUUUAAAAUAUGUUCAUUUUGAUUAAUUUCUUGUUAUAGAAACCGCUAAAUAGUAAUAUUAGACCAUCCAUAAAGCAAUAAACCAAUCCAAAUUUUUUCGUAAACAGUUUAUUUUCUUAAUUUACGACCAAAUUGAUCUAAUUUUCAUAAACCUAAUGACAAUUGUCAUUGGCAGUGUGACGUGUGUCUAUAAGAAAUACAAUGUUGCCAUAUCAAUUAUUACGUGGCAAUGAUCAUUUUUAUCUAUGUCCUGUGUCGUAUCAGGCCAACCAAUUGACUUCAGUAUCAGAAAAAAAAUAUAAAACUUUCGAUUUAGAAAGUACCAAUAUUAAUAUCUUCUUCAUCCUCAUCGGCAGAGUACUCUUCGACGUCAGUAUUGAUAUUUUCUAACUUAACCAACCCUCACUAUCGUCUGGCCAGUGAACCUCGAUCCCAACUUUUAACGAACGUGUCUUUGUCGCGAACAUCUAAUAAUAAGAAGACGAAGCAACGACUUCUUGUUUUUAACCUAUACCUGACUACGCUGACAGGCAUAGAUUUCAACGGCCUGGACACAGCUCAAAUUGAAAAAAAAGUAUUUUUUACAAACAGUACAUAAGUUCCGACAUGCCGUAAUUAAUGCACAUCAUGAAAUGAAAUAAAAAGACGGAUAUCUGUGAUUACUACAAAUGUUUUCACUUAGGGAUCCAAGUUCACCUGCCGGCCAGAAGCCAUUUCCAAACAGCCAGCUUUCAUUAACCGAACUAUUUUCUGUCGUAUACGUUUUCUUACUCGAUUUGGCAACACCGCAUUUAUAGAAACUAGACACGUCAAUUGUCAUUGAAAAUAAUUUACUGUCUAUUAGUUUUUCUAAUAAAUUUAAAAAUGAAAAAUAAGAAAAUUUAAUCGUUUAUAAAAAAAUUUGGUAUGGUUUAUUGCUCUAUAUAAUAUUGAUAUUUAGCCGUUUAUACAACCAGAAAUCAGUGAAAAUGGUUUAUUUCACAUUUGUUUAAUGAUGAAGACCCGACAACAAAUUUUAAGGAUUUUAAGGUAAAAAAAAAUUUUUUUUAGUUUCAGCGGACCCAAAAUUGUUAUGUAUAGUGUGUUUCAAAGUGUCUAGAAACUUUCUGUAAAAUUUCAAUAGUUACAUCCGCCGUUCGAGUGUCUGCGUAUAUUACCAAAAAUUGUUUAAAAUACAUUUUUAUAGGCGAAUAAAUUAUAGUAUUUUUAGCUUUAAACCAUUAAGUCUUUUAAUUAAUUUAUGAGAAAAAAUACGUUAAACAGCAUUUGAUAAAAUUCCCUUUGCAUUUUUAUUAGAUUGAAAAAUUGUUGACUUAAAGUAAAUUAUUCUUAGGCAUUGAUAAUGACUACAUUCUCUAAAAUUCCAAUAAUUUAUCUUAUUAUUCAAGAGUAUUAUAUAGUCACUUUUAGAUUAUUUAUUAUUUUACACUUUUAGAUUAUUUAAAUUAUUUUACAAAAAUAGGUAACUAAAAAAAGUUACUCACCAUUAAUUUAGUAAGGCGAUAUUUUAGAAAUUAGCUCAAACAUUUCGUUAGACGUUAAAAUUUGUUUUAAAGUAUAAUAAUAAAUCAGUGUUGUGGAAAUUUGUACAUAUGACAAAUAUGACAUAUCUCUAUUGAUAUUCUUGUUGCAUGAAAAUUUAGAUUUAUAGACUAUUUUUGCACUGAACUAUGAAAAAGUAUCUUUACAUAAACUAACAAAAAAAAUUCUCAAAAAAGGUUGUGCAACAUUUGUCUAAAAAAAAAAAAAUGUUGAAUACACAAUUUUAUUUUCGAUAGACAUAUAACUACCUCAUUUAUUUAAAAAAGGGUUAUUGUAAAUAAAUUGUUCAGGGUUGAAAACAAUUUCCUUUGAUUAUAAACUGUUCUGUUUAAAUCCACAAUAAUUAAGACAAAUACAAAUGAUAUUAAAUAUUGUAUACCUUCAUAGUACGUACCUUUUUUAUUUUUUUGUUAAAUGAUUAGCAUGGCAUUGCCAACUUUGCUAAAAAUUGCAUUUGUACAAUCAUUCUUAAAUUAUUAUUCAACAUUUUUUUAAUGCUCAUUGUUCAAAAAUGUGUUUAUUAAAAAUUCGACAGCAAUAGACACCAGAAAAGUGAUUUUUUAAAAUAAUGUCAUACGCAAACGAACCAAUUUUUAGUGUACUAUUUUUCUUGAAACUUAUAGGUGGUGACCGAGUGAAAAUGAAACAGACUAAAUAAAUUUCUGAAAAAUAUUUGCUUCCAAGGGGAUACCUUUCUAUCUCAAUAAUUAUGUAAUAGGUAAUGUUCCAUGUGUGGCAUAUUUUAAAAGAUUAUGGGGAAUUUAGCCGUACCAAUAUGAAUACCCAGAUAUCAAUUUAAACUCGCCUUGGGAGAACAAACUUGUGACUUAAUCCAAAUGUGAAGGCAAAUUUGAUUUGGUAGAUUUAGAAAAAUACUCAUGAAUUUUCUGAAAUGACUGUUUCAUUUUCAUCGCGCCAAACUAAAUAAUUUAUUUACAAUAAACUAGCUUAAAGCUUUUUCUUGCCAGAAUGUAUUUGUACUUUAUCUAAUUUUAUAACUUGACUCAUACUAUUAUUUGACAAUGUAUGUAUUCUAAGUUUAAAAAGUUGUUUUAUAAAAAUGACAAUUUUGCCUUAAUGCUAAGUAAGUAAAAUAUCUGUUUUCACAAUGAUUUAUUGAUUCUGUAAUUAUUAACAUUAUUUUGUCAUUAAAUUAACAAUUAUUUUUGUCUAGGUAGGUCUAACAGUGUUGUUCCUCAAGUGGCACUGAAAAGCAGUAACAAAGCUUACACAGAAUACGACAAGAGAGCACAAUAGGUCAAUGACUUUGAUGAACGGGAAUUAAAAAAAGUACCCCUAUCAAAAUAAAAAAUACAAAUAGUAUAUACAGGGUGUCCCAUCAGCGCGUAAUUAUUCGAUAAAUCAAUUUCUGCUAUAGACACACAGACAAUUUCAAAUAAAAGUUAUGUGGAUUUGAAAAAAGGAUAUUUUAAAAAUAUGUUUGGAUAUACAGGGUAUUACGUUUUUGUCUGGCAAAUAAACUUGUAUAUUUUUUAAACAGAACACCCUGAACUUUAUUCCAUAUAAAUACAAAUUUCCUUGGUUUAUUCGGUCAUGUUUUUAUUUUCUAUCAUUUAAGCACCAAGCACUAUAUGUAUCGGAAAAAUUUUUUUACAUGAUUGCCAAGCAGUUAAUUUUUUUGUUAAAUAAAAGAAUAAUGCAAACCCCAAACAAAAUUUAUCAUAAUUUAGGUAGGUUAGUAAUGAUUUUAAAAUUGUUUAAAAUGUAGACCUAUAAGAUACAAAUCUAACGAAUAGUGAUGAUAGAUUCAUUUUAUACAGAGUGUUAUUCAUUCUGUAUUGUCUACUAAAUCGUCCGAUCUUUCAUUCUCCCAGAUUUCAUCAUUAUCCCUUCCAAAAUUAUUUUCAUCGCCUGAUAAAUUCGGUAAAUUAGAAUCGGAGUUAUUUUCAAAAUAUUUUAAAAGUGCAUCAUGUGUAAGUGGCUUUUUAUCACGUCGACAUUUUCUAAAAAAAAAUAAAAAUACCGCUUUAAACAAUCAAACCAAAAAAAUAUAAAAUAUGCAAUAUCGCAUGUAAUUUUCCACUAACUGCGUUUGACCCUAUGCAGGGACAUAUAUAUCGAACUUACAAUAAAGCCUUCAGAAAUGUAAGGAUAUCAAAGCGGAUUAAUUUAGAGACUAAAUACAAUCUAGUACUCACCGAAUAUAUUGUAAAACUCGAAAUUUCAGCGCUAAUAGCCAGUAUUCAAUAAUAAAAAGCCACGUGCAAUUUGACAAUAACUUCUAUCACAGAAAUGGUAAAAUUACAUUGACAUUGCUAGUUUCAGAAACGACUUAUCAAUGCCGCCACUCGUUUAGGAACUAGAGCAGGUACAAACACAGUUUUCAUCGCAGAUUUAUGCAUUAUUUGAGCAUUACAUCCUAUGUUAAAACAUGUACCUCCUCAGGGACGAAUACAGUAAAAGGGUUAAGAACUUUUCUUAUUAGGGCGACGAUUUGCAAAAUAUGAUCUUUUAUAUUAAAAAUUUCUUCCUAUUUCCAAUAAUAAAACGGCUCUUGAUCAAUUACGCACUAAUGGAACACGCUAUCGUUUGAUAGAUAAAUGCAUAACGAAUUGUUCUAGUUAAAAAACAUACAUUUUAAUUUACCAGGCAAAAACGUAACACCCUGUGUAUUCGAAAAUAUUUUUAAAAUGUCUUUCAAAUUCAUAUAACUUUUAUUUGUGUCUAUAAUACAAAUUUAAAUAUCGUUCAAUUACUCGCUAAAUAAUCUAAUAUUAAAUAUGCUUUAACAUUGUGAAAACAUUUAUUUAUAAGAAAAUAUCAUUACUAGUCUUGAACUUGUCUAUUUAUUUAUUUAAUUUUUCACCAAAUUUGUCUUUUGUUAAGUUAAUAGUACUUAAAAUCAAUGUUUAUUCAUUGUAUUAUAUAAUAUAUUUAACUUAGCAAUAUUUUAUCACUCCUCUAAGGGCACAAGAUAAACUCGAACCAAAUAUAUAUUAAUAAAUGUUUAAUUACUUUUUUAGCUGUAACACUAUAAGUUAUUUUAACCAUGACAUUUUUUUGUAUAUUUGUAGAUCUCCAAAAAUGUUUAGAUAUAUUUUGGUGUUUAUGGGCCAUUUGUACCGCUAGUCGUUCAGAAAUAAGGGAAGCUUAUUUCUACUAGCGGUUCAAAUAGCUACAUGUGUAAUUGUUUACGGAUAUGUUAUUAAAAGAUAGUAAACUGGAAUCUAUUGGUCAUUUUUUAAACCCACUACAUUUUAAAAUAAAACCACAUUCUCGGAUAUUUCAAGCUUAGCAAUCCAUACUCAGUAAUUUGGGAGAGAAUUCCCAAUUACUUUCUUAUGAACACAUACUUGUUUUCAUGAGCUGAAAUACACCGUAUUAGCUUGGUAAAUUAUUGGUGGAGAAAUUUGACAAUGUUUGCUUGUAGUUGCUUCAAUUUUAAGUUAUUUUCAAGAAGAUGGAGAUGUUGAUUAUAAUAGUGGUACUGAUACCCCAUCAGAUAUAUCUGAGAAAGCAAAUGCAAUAGUAUCUAAUAUGUUACCGGCCAAAUCCAAGUUAGUAUAUGAGAAAACAUAUGACCAAUUUCGUAAAGGUGCGACAAGAAACAUAAGAAAAAGGUUUCUGAAAAUGUGCUUAUAUGCUAUUUUGAGAAAAAAUCAAAAAUUAUAAAACCUACAUUAUGGAGUGUCUACUCAAUGUUGAAAAGUACAUUGAAUGUUAAGGAAAAUAUUAAUAUAAGGAAGUUUUCAAAAUUGGUUCCGCUCAUUAAGAACAAUUAAAAGCGUCGGAUACCGAGGAAAGAAAUCUAAAGUUUUAUCAAGGGAUGAUAUCAAUAAAUUUAUUCAAGAUGCUGAUAAAGAAACAAAUUUACUUUAUAAGGUACAGAUGUUAAUCAUAAGUUUGUAAGAUUAGUAGUAAUUUCCAUAUUUUUUUAUAUGUAGGUUGUCCUAAUUUUUGGUAUCAGCGGUGCUUGUCGCCGUGAAGAAUUAUUACAUAUAAAACUAUUGAUGCCAUUGAAGAUGCUGGAUCUAUAUUGAUUGUUAAAAUACCUGAUAUAAAGACCUAUUGCGCAAGAACGUUUACUGUUUCAAAUUCUGAUUAUAUUGAGAUAUACCGUAAGUAUAGACAUACGGCCGCCUCAUACAAAAAGUAACAGAUUAUUUUUGAAAUAUGUCAAAGGAAAAUGUAUUAACCAACAUGUGGGGAUAAAUAAAAUAGGAGAAAUUCCCAGCUUGAUUGCAAAAUGGCUUGGAAAAGACAUGUAUAAGAGCUAUACAGGUCACUGUUUCAGGAAAAGCUCUGUAACUCUUCUGACCAAUGCAGGGGGCACCAUUACAUCCAUAAAAGCUGGAAAUCUGCCUCCGUAGCAGAAGCAUAAUAUAGAAGAUAGUUUUAAUAACAAAAUUUGAGAUUUCUAACAAAAUAUUGAAUUUUCCGUCUUCUUCCAAACAAAUUAAAAUGUCUGAUAAAAUUGUGCAAUCAACUCUUUAAGAAAUAUUUAACGUUUCUGAUCAGCAGCAACAUGGAACAUCUUUGGGAAUUUAUGUUGGAAGUAAUUGUUCAAACUUUACUGUCAAUUAUUAUUCCAAUAAAUGAAAUUGUUUUAUGAUGAAUAAUCAAUUAAUAAUGACUCUG